AUGACUGAAUCAGAUGAUGGGAGUUUCUUCGAUGAACCUGUAUUUCGAGGUGCAGCUGGAGAAGAAGAACCAGAGUCACAAGCGCUGGAUUUUGGUGACGAAGCACUCGAAAUAGGAAGUGGUGACCGAAAUGUUGAAGAAUCACAGGAUGACAACAGCGAUAGCCCUUUUAUUGCGCAAAUGCCUGUGACGCCACCGCCUGUGUCCCAUCUGCUGAAUGAACAACCUGCUCCUUCAACAACUCCUAGCAAAAUAGCGCAGUUCGCCAGCAGGAUGGGAAUGAUUCCGCCAAAGGUUCAGAAGCCUUCAAAUGUGACGGACGUAGUCAUGGAUGACGAUGAACAAAGACCCACAUCUACAGUAACGAAAAGGAGUGCCAAAAUUACGCUCAGUCCAACGAAGGCAAUCAAAAGAAAACGGUUCGUUUAUGUGUGGAAUAGUACGCUUUUUCUGCAAAAAUGUUGUUUGAUAGCCAGCGAGUCGUUUCGAAGCAUCGGCCCUAGUAGG